AUCGGGACCUUCUGUCAAACGGGCUCGUAAAAAGAAGCCGAGAGAAAAGAAAAAAAACGUUCCGGCCAAAGCAGGGUGUAAAAGCGACGCGGAAAGUUGUUAAUUCUAAACAUAUUCCGAUUUAUUUAGUUUUGUGACAAAGUUAUAGCUCGUGUUCAGUAGUUCACAAACACACACACCCAAACAAACGCGCAGUGACUCGGUUAGAUAAGUGGCAAAGUGCAAAAGUAAAGUUUCCAACACACACACACACGUACGCUAGGCGCACCGUUCUACCCCAAAAGCAGCAAAGAUGACUUCCCAGGCAGUAAACAAAACCGGCUCCGGAUGGCCCCGACGAAACAGCCACGGAACGGGUCUAACCGAGAUGAACAAACUACAGACGAAUCAAUCGAUGACACUGAACCGGACAAUUAAUCUUUAUCCACUGACAAACUACACAUUUGGCACGAAGGAACCACUGUUUGAGAAGGAUCCAUCGGUACCGGCCCGCUUCCAGCGGAUGCGCGACGAGUUCGAUAAGAUAGGAAUGCGUCGAUCGGUUGAAGGUGUUCUGCUGGUUCAUGAGCACGGUCUUCCGCAUGUGCUGCUGCUACAGCUGGGCACAACGUUCUUCAAGCUGCCCGGCGGUGAGCUAAGCGCCGGAGAGGAUGAGGUGGAUGGGCUGAAACGACUACUGACGGAGACUCUAGGGCGACAGGACGGCGUAAAGCAGGACUGGAUCGUCGAGGACACGAUUGGCAACUGGUGGCGCCCGAACUUUGAACCACCGCAGUACCCGUACAUCCCGCCGCACAUCACCAAGCCGAAGGAGCACAAGCGUCUGUUUUUGGUGCAGCUGCACGAGAAGGGUAAUGUGAUGAUAAUAAUGAUAAUAACGAUGUUGAUGAUGAUGAUGAUGAAUGAGGUAGGGAAGGCAAACGUGAAUUUGUUAUACACGUUUCCAUUUUUAAGUAGCUUCUUGUACAUGUUAGAGACGUGUGCGAAAUGAGCUCUUCCCGUGUUGCUAAAAAAGAAGGUGAAAACGGAAAAUGAUUGUAACGAAAAGCUUUUAAGUAAGAAACACUGACUUUUUGUGAAGAUAAAAAGAUAAUUUAUGAUAGUGUUAGACCAACCAAUAGGCUCAAUUUUGUAAUUAGCAACAGGAUAUGCUUUAUCAAUCCUUUUUUCUUCUAUAAAUUCAUGUUUUAUACCCCCGUGAGUUCAUUCUGUAAAUUGAUAAAGCGUUUAUCCUUUGAAGAUUUUGUUUGUUAAGACACGCAACGAUAAGCCGUUUAGCAAUGUAUUUCGCUAAUAAUUUAUGUAUUUAUGAUAAAACAAAAGACAAUUCGAAUUGUAAAUUUACUUUGGGGGAUUCGAAACCCUUUAUACGCCACACGGGGGAACACUGGGUUUGGUAGAAAACAAAAAAACUAUGUUUUUGUAUGCGAAAAACGUUGAAAAUAUGAAACGAAAAUUGUAAUUCAACGUUUACGAGCCAAAUUAAAUGUUAAACAAAGGGCGUUGUGAGACGUUAUGCUAAUCCGGGAUACAAUUUUGUAACAAAAAAAAAUCAAACGAACAAAAUGUUAAGC